AGUUGGUCCAUGGCGGUAUCUAGGUUCCUGCAACCGUUUUCCCGCCAUUUUCCCGCUCAGUCCCAGUGCGCCAUAGCCAUCUCCGCUGCCAGCCAAACCUGCGGCUGUUACAUUCCUUCUCCUGGCAGCUUUUCCCACUCUACGGCCUCCACAUUGCACGCUGGGGUUUUUCCCGGGUGUGAUUCUCGAGCUAGCGCCACGUGGCGAAUUCGCGUGAGGGCCGCUGGGAUCGAGAUUGAGCCGCGUGCGCUCAAGUGGGGAGAAACCAUGAAAAGCUGCCAGAUCAUUCUAGGGUCGUCGUCGCAGAGCCGGCAGCAGGUGCUGCGGGAAAUCGGCGUGCCGUUCGAAAUCAUGAAACCAGGCAUAGAUGAAGAGGCCAUUCGAAGCCCCGAUCCAAAUGAGCUUGUUUCCCUCCUCUCACACGCUAAGGCAGACGCCCUCCUAGCCAAGCUCAAGGCUGAGGAACGAAGCUUCCCAGAGGAUGCUUCUGUGCCGACACUCCUUAUCACAGCUGACCAGGUGGUGGUGCACGAGGAUCGGAUACUGGAGAAGCCCGGGUCCGAAGCUGAGGCUCGGGAGUUCAUCCGAGGCUAUUCGCGCUCCCCUGCCCGCACUGUAGGGGCAGUUCUCGUGUCGAAUCUGAACUCGGGGAGGCAAGCGGAAGCAGUAGACAUUGCAGAGGUGUACUUCCAGCCUAUUCCCGACGACGUGGUUGAUCAGUUGGUGGCAGAAGGGGACAUCUUUUACUGCGCCGGAGGGCUGAUGGUAGAGCAUCCCCUGGUGGCGCCAUUGGUUGAGAAGAUGGUGGGUGGCAUCGAUGCAGUCAUGGGCCUCUCUAAAGAAACAACCAUGUCACUUAUUGAGCAGGUUACUUCGUAACAGUAGCGGCCGGUACUAAUCAUAUUAUUGUACUGUUGCCCUCGUAGCAUCGUACAUACUAACGAGCAUUCUGGAAGCAUGGUAAAGAAAAGGCUGGAGAUCCUGCACAAUGGCAAAGAGCACCAAAACGUGUUACUGUGUUCAGUUGGCUUGUCCAAUGCUAGAGGGGAGGGGGCCCAGGUGAAAUGAUUCA